GCAGCUGUCGAUGAGGUGGUAUAGCAGACGACAACGAUUCGCGCUUCCGUUUCCACGUCUGAUUAUUCCAUUGGACAAGCGUCAUUUGAUGUUUUCUCCGUUUAUCUCACUUUAAAAAGAAUGUCAACAGAAAUGAUGACACAUAAAUAACUUUUAAAACAAUAAACAUUAUAAAUAAGAAAGUUUCCGUCGAAUUUAGUUGAAUCUCACAUGUACUUUCUGCUGCGACGCAUACGGUUUGUGGCGGCAUCGAACUACAGAGCUGAAAGUGGAGUUAUGGAAAGUUGACAUGAAACGUACGGUUCAUGUUGUGUGGCUUGUUGUUCUAUAUUGUAACCACCUCUCUGAAUGUAAAAUUCAUCUUUUUAAAAGAUUGGAUGAUCCUUACUUAAAUAAGUAUGGCCGCUUUAGCGAAAAGGAAAGGCUGGAAAUGGUUGACGAAGCAAAAAAGAUGUUUUACUUUGGAUAUGACAGUUACAUCAAAUAUGCUUUUCCUCUGGACGAACUAGACCCUAUCCACUGCACAGGACGUGGCCCAGAUUAUGACAAUCCGAGUAACAUUAACAUCAACGAUGUCCUUGGGGACUAUUCACUUACACUUGUUGAGACCCUGGACACUCUUGCGGUAAUGGGCAAUGCCAGCGAGUUUAGAAGAGCAGUUCAGCUUGUUAUUGACAAUGUCCACUUUAACAAGAAAUCUGUGGUGCAAGUGUUUGAGGCCACAAUAAGAGUUUUGGGAUCUCUGCUGUCGGCUCACCUUAUCAUCACCGAUCCUCAACAACCUUUUGGUGACAUGACUGUACCAGACUAUAACGGUGAACUGCUGUCACUUGCCCAUGACCUGGCCACUCGUCUGCUGCCUGCAUUUGAGAACACAGCUACAGGGAUUCCCUUUCCAAGGGUUAACCUUUCUAGCAGUGUUCCUUCUGACUGCAUUAACGAAACUUGUACUGCUGGAGCUGGGACACUGCUUCUGGAAUUUGGUGUCUUGUCCCAUUUGCUUGGAGAUCCUGUCUAUGAAUUCUAUGCACGACGGGCUGUCCAGAUGCUGUACAAAUUUCGAUCAAAAGUCACUGGUUUGCUAGGUAAUGUUAUCAACAUCCAGACAGGGGAGUGGGCUGGCAAGAUGAGUGGUCUAGGAGCUGGCAUUGACUCCUUCUAUGAAUAUCUUCUCAAGGCAUAUGUACUUUUUGGGGAAGAGCAAGAUUUGAAGAUGUUUAACGAUUCUUAUGAGACAAUCAAGUUUCACAUGAGGAAAGGACGAGAACACUGCAAUCUUGGUGAUGGAAAUCCACCCAUUUACGUCAAUGUGAACAUGAUGACAGGCGAAAUGGCUAACACUUGGAUUGAUGCCCUGCAGGCUGCUUGGCCAAGUGUACAGGUGUUAGCUGGUGAUAUUGAAGAAGCCAUUUGUCUUCAUGCUCUGUAUUAUUCCAUCUGGAAAAAAUAUGGUGCUCUGCCUGAGCGUUACAACUGGGAUCUUAAAAUGCCAGAUGUUCGCUUUUAUCCACUCAGACCAGAGCUGGUUGAAUCCACAUACUUUCUGUAUCAAGCAACACACAACCCCUUUUAUCUUCAUGUUGGCCGUGAUAUACUCAACAGUAUUGCAACACAUGCAAAAGCACAGUGUGGUUAUGGCACUCUGCAUGACGUCUUCACAAAGGAGCUGGAGGAUCGGAUGGAGAGCUUUUUCCUUAGCGAGACUUGCAAAUAUUUAUACCUGCUGUUUGAUAAAGACAACCAUGUCAACAAGGCAUUCUCACGCUACCUCUUCACAACAGAAGGCCAUUUGUUGCCCAUUGGCCGCAGAUGGCGUCAUAAACCGUGGGAAGAAGUGGGAAGCAAGCCAGUAAAAGCAGCUGCCAGUGUGGUGGAUGUAAGAGUGAAUAUCUCCAUAUGUGACACUGUUUCCUCAGACAGCCGCUACCUGCUGCCCAUGAAGAGCAAAUACAUGGCUCAGAUGGAGAAUGCAGUUGGCCUCAACUGAACUUUAUCAAGAUUUGCGCUUCCAUUCACUGCAGUGCCCAGGUGACCUUCCAGGUUUUGGCUGGUCUUGCUCACAUGAGCAACAAUAUACGUUUCACAUGCUUGCUCACUCGUUACACUUGGUCAGCUGACAAAACAAUCUUUAGGCUUCCUUUCUCCAUGCAGCUAAUUCUUUGAAAGCAUCUCAGGAAGCAUAACUCUUUUUUUUGGGGAUGCAAUCAUUGCCAUUGUGUAUUGUAUUCAAAGAAGGAAAGGGAACAGUCAUCAAAUAUUUUUUUUCUAAAACUGUUGAUAUAUGCAAUAAAAUUUAUUGACGUGAUCAGGGAUGGAUGAAAAGGGGGUGGCAGAGAAGGAUGAAGAUAAGCUUGAGACUCUGGUAGACAAGUGGAGACUUUCUGGGCAGAGUGAAUUGUAAGAAGGAAUGUGCUUGCUUGCUGUAGGUGUCUUGCCACAAUGAUGAGAAGGUAUGCAGUUAUAAAAAAAAAAUUAGGCAGUGAAAAUGCUAUGGUGGUUGUAUCUAUAAAUACCUCAGUAACCUUUGUAUUUAUUUUGGUUGUAGUUGGGUCCUCUGUAUGUGUGUGUGCUUUUGUGCAUUAGCAUGUGCACACUAACAUACAUAAAAUUAUGUAGAUAUGAUAAUGUGUCUAUGAACAUAUAUAGAUCUUUAUAUAAGUGUACAUUUGUAUGUUAAACACAUAUACCUGCCUAUACUCUGUUUUAGAAAAUUCAUUAUUCUGGAAAAAAAGGAAGAAAAUAUUUUUUGUAAGUGUAAAUUUAAAAAAAGAACCCAAACCCCCAAAAGUUGAAAAUAUUUAGAAAGACCAUUUUUUUAAUUCAGCAUCAGUAUUGAAAGUGAUUUUUUUUUAAAAAUUGGUUCUUCUUUAAUGUUAUUAUGAGAGUGAGGUACAAGCACUAUUGUCUCGGCUUUCUUAUUUAUUGUAUUGUUCUCAUUUUAAUGUGCAGAUUACAUUGCAGUAUGGCAGACAUUUGUAGCAAAGAACAUGUAAGACAAGCUGGCAUUCAUAUAAUGUAUGGGGUUUUCUCAUUUAUUAAAUUCUAUAACAGGUUACAUGUUUUCACCUAAACCCAUUUCAGUCUUUCUGACCUUGUCUUUUUCUAGAUUUCUGAUUAGUGAAGAUACAUGCAUUAUGAGACUUUUCUUGCCUUCAGAACUGCUUGAAAUUUUUGUUGGAGCUGUUAUUGCAGAAUUUCAUACAAUUAUUUUUGGAAAAGAUACUUUAUUAGAUUUGAGGGCUGUCUUUAAAGCCAGGAUAGUCUUGGUUUAGAUCAUGUCCAUGGCAAACUGUAUUUCUGCUGAUUGUGAUGGCUGUUUACAGGACUGAGCUAGCUUGCCCUUAAAAAGCGUUGGUUAUAGAUCCAACAUACAAUGCUGGCAUUUUGCUGGUGGAAUAAGAAAACCAGAAUGUAAAAAUCAUAAGAAUAUGAUGUUUGUUAACAUAUGCAUUUCUCAUGAGUGUGCACACGUCCAAAUCUAGAAGCUAGGUCAGUGAACUGAUAAAAAGGUCUGUACAAUAGAAGAAAAUUAUAUGCUUCCUGUCUUGAAACUUGGCACAGUCUUCCUUUUAUUGUGGAUUUUCUUCUAUGGCAAAAUGUUUACAUGUUGUACACAUGUUUUUUAAAGCACAUGGGGAAACUGCUAUAUUUUUGCCAUGAUUGCCUAAUAAAAUAUUUCGAGUCACAGUUUGAUGUGUUUGGAUAGUCCAAGAAAUGGGCCAGUGGUGUCAUUAACCAUUUAUUAUACUGCUUUUGUGCCUAAUGAUAAUCUAAUGCUUGUUUUGUAAGAAAUCUUAAAGCAAAGGACUGAAUUUUUGUCUCUUUAUCUAGAUGAAAUGGCUGCUUUUGUUUUUCCUCCAUGUCAUUCAAAAUGGCUUAAAUAGCAUUAAAAUAAAUUUUAAAUAAGGCUGAUUUUUUUUUUUUUUUUUUUUUUUUUGAUGACUAUAACGAUACUGAGUCAUGUUAUUAAGGGGGGAGAUUGGUGUUUUACUCUGAGCCAGCAACUAAGGCUAUAUUACAGCAAGGUAGCCAGCGCUGUAAACAGAUGCCAAAUGCAGAGAAAGAACAGUGUGCCUGAGAUGAGAGCUGAACCGCGGAUAGCCAGCCCUCGCUGUAUUUGUGACAGGUGCUAACGGUUGCACUACGGACCACCCUGAGUCUUGUUAUCAGACUUUUGUAGAUUGUGCAUAUUGUCUUUCACAUUGUUGGUCACCAAUAUAGUCAGGGUUGGUUGUACUGGGUUCAGCUCUCAUCUCAGGCACGCUGUUCUUUCUCUGCAUAAUACAUCUGUUUACAGGGCUGGCUGCCUUGCCGUGAUAUAGCCUUAGUUGCUGGCUCAGCAUUUAACACUAAUUCCUCUUCCCCUUCGCUCACAUUGUUCCAGAUGAUUAUUUACUGGUCUGAGCAGAGAGUGCGAUUUAUCUUGGUUGUGGUGCUGUGCAUUAUAAAUACCCAUUAUUAGUAGUAGUAUUUUCUCAAAAUGAAAUGGUAUUCUUGCCUUUCUGGUAAUGUCACAAAGACUUUUUUUCAGAAUAGUCUUUAGUCUGUAGUGAUUCUUUCUUUGUGAACUUCUUUUGACAUUCCAUUAAUUCAACAUUCUUUCAGAAAAGAAUCGAAACUUGAACUGAAUAAAAUCAGCAAUGUUUGAAAUUUAUUUCUUUUUCGGCAACUUAAACCUCUUAUGGUAGUUAGAUUGCAUGUGGGCUUUCCUUUGUGCCAUAGUUUAAAAAAAAAAGGAUUCCAAAUUCCAAAGGAUAAUACCUUCUCUUUUGCCCGUAUUAUGCAUUCUCUCUGUAUCUUGGUGGUUUUUUUUUUUUUUGACGUUUUUAAAUGGUCAGAACUAGAAAAUAUGGAAAAUAUGCAUUACAUUUGUCUUUAAUGCAGCUCAUAAAUUAGUAUUGCAACAAAUUUAAUUAUUACUUUGUUGUUAUUUUGAGCUUAAACCUGAUCAAAAUUACAUCAAAAUCAUUUUUUCAUAGCUGCCAGGAUAAGUUUGCUGAUGCACAGUUGAUCCAAAUCUUUGCACAUUGAAGGAUUGCAAGCAGCUGAUGUUGGGCCUAUCAUAGAGGCAUAAACUGAUUCUGUCAGCUUGUGGCAAGCUCUUGCAAACACGCACAAUUUUUAUUUUGGUGAAAGGGAUUAUAGUAUCUAGAAAGAUUUUUGCAUUAUUUAAAUGAAGGAGAAAUAUUUGCUAGAUUUCGUAAGGAACAUUUGAAAUGUAUUAGAGCUUACAGGCAACAAGGAGACUUCCACUGUGUCUUUAUUCAGAAAGGUUUAUGAGACUGGAAUAAAGCAGGUCAUGAGGAUAAUUUCUUUUUUGUGUGAGACAUGCUGGGCAAUGGCUGUUGCUGUUGAUAAUACUGUUGUUGCUGCUACGUAAGCGUUUGCCUUAACCACCAGGACACUUGGACAGUCUCUACUUCUACAGAAUCGAUACUUCUGUGACUAAGAUCACUUCUGCCAGUGUAUCAUCAAUAUUUCUGCUAAUCUUUCCCCCACUGCUGUUACUAUUACUUGGCACUGCCACCACCCUACCAGAAAGGGUUUUCCAGAUCUUUCCAUUCCAAACUUUGUAAAUCUAGGGGUUGAAAGGGCCAUCUGGGCAUGAAUUCUUAUGCAACCUAACUCAGGUCUCCUGCAUGGUAGAUGAGGGUGACAACCAAACUAUUCAUACAGUGCUUCCAACUGUCUUGUAGGUGUGAUCACUGUCUGCAUCCUUUACGGCAUCUAAUUUAGGAUAUUGUCCUGAUAGUUUUCUUUUGAAAUUUUGGUAUGUUGGUGGCCUUUUUGCGCUUCACCACCCCUUUUUUUAUGCUUUAUCCACUCGUUUACAUUUUGUUUAUUUAUUAUGUUGGCUUUUUAAAGAAUGUUAUAGUUAUAUGACUUGGGAAGAUUUAUCCCUAAAAGUGACAAAUUACUUUUGUUGCCGUUAUAUAACUUGCUGGCACAACAAUAAACACAAACAAACAGCAUGAUUUAAAGAUUAUGGUUGGCUCCUUUGAAAAGUUCCAUAACACAAGAGAAGAAACUCAUAAACAUUUGACGAGACUUCUACCCUUUCUGCCAGAUAAUCCAUAAAACGAUGUUGAAGCAUGUGAAAUGUAUUUUAUUAUUGGAUAGAUGACCAAAGGCUGUGCAUACAGACUCAUUGGCCACAGUUUUAGAUGCAAUAUCUCUCACGGAGUGUGUGUCUGUACGUGCACUUGGCAGGUGUGUAUGCACACGAGAGAGAAAGGCAGUGUUUAGGAGAACACUGGUUUGCAUGCAGGUGGUGAGCAAAGGGUGUGGGUGAAUAAAGAUGCAUAAUUAUAAUGUAUAAUGAUCUAGAUGUGUCGGCAUGGAUGUGUGAUAGAGCCAACAAAAAUUCUACUUUAUACACCUUUAACAAAGAAUUUUAAGCAUGUUUCAAUAGUUGUUUGUUACUAAGUUCUUCCAAGAGAGAAAUUUUUACAGAUAGUAAUACUAACAGUUAUGUUGCCUUACAACAUAUAAUGUGAGAAAAGACAGAAGAAAGUAAACAGGCUGAGUUUUAUGUAGAACAAUGGAAGUGCCAAAAUCAUUCCAUGUUAGAAUAUUGGAUCAUAAUGUACAUUAGACUUGCAGUAUGUUGAAAGCCUAGAGACGAUGUGUGUCUGCAUUGGCUUUGGUUUAUUAUUUUUCUUCCCCAUCAUAUAUGAGCUAUUUUUAUGAUAUAUAUGUAUCUAAAAGAAAAGAAAUUCUUCUAUUUAUUUAUUUUCUGUUCUCAGCAUUUUGUUCAACAAGAUUGUUCUGGUAAGGAUGAGCUUCAUGGCAGUUGCAUUGUAACAAUGUUAAUUGCUGUACAGAGAUUAAUGUAAACAUAUCAUAGACAAAUGUAUGUUUGCAAGUCUGUGCUCUUGCAUGAAUAUCUUUGUCCACUUAUAAAAUUUUGGAGAGAUAAUAUGCACAAAUGCUUGAAUACAUUUUUGUCUCUCACAUGUGGAUGCAUACACUUGGCAAAUAUAAAUGUGUCAUGCAACUUUACAGGGCAAAAUUCUUUUACUUGGCUGUAAAAUAAAAUGAAUUACUUGAAAUGAUCAUAACAUGACUAUUUAAAAGUACAUGUAUGUACAUUUCGUAAAUGUCAGAAAUGUUAUUAUUUCUUAAAUAGUUACCUUAUUAAUCACAUUCUUUGAAAAAGCUAGAGGUAUUUUGAAAAGAUUGCUGUUCUGUCAUGACCACACAUCCUUACGGGAAAAUAAACUUUCAUGUCUA